AUGUCUCUCCCACCCCUCCCUCUCCCUACAGGGAUAACAAGCCGCAACGUCCAAACAAACGAUCUAAAUAUCCACAUCCUAGAAGCCGGCCGAACCCCAGAAAAUGAUAAACCACUAAUAAUCCUCCUCCAUGGCUUCCCAGAAAUCGCCUAUUCAUGGCGCCGCGUGCUCCCAAAACUAGCAGCAGCAGGCUUCUACGCCGUAGCCCCAGACCAGCGCGGCUUUGGCCGCACCACAGGCGGGGACAUACGCAGCUAUGAAGACGUCGACUUGUCAACAUUCUCGCUGUCCAGCCUGGUGCGGGAUAUCGUGUUCCUCGUACAUGCGCUAGGUUACCGCUCUGUACGCUGCGUUGCUGGCCAUGACUGCGGAGCCGUAUCAGCAGCUAUGUGCGCUCUAAUGCGGCCAGAUUUCUUUCAAAGUGUCGCGCUCAUGAGCCAUCCGUUUAAUGGGACCCCAGAUUUACCAUUUAAUACGGCCAAUGCGGAUGUCGCCGCGGUUGGGUCUUAUAUGGCGGCGGGUGGUGGGGGUGGCGCUGAGGGGUCGGCUACUGCGGUGGGGAUCCAUGAGGCGCUUGCCGAGCUCGGGCGCAAGCAUUAUAAGUGGUACUAUUCAACUAAGGAGGCAGGACUUGAGAUGUCGGAUCUAGGGCCCGAGGAGAUGCAUCGCUUCUUGAGGGGAUACUUUCAUCUGAAGAGUGGUUCGUGGCCGGGGAAUCGGCCACAUCCGCUUGGGAAGUGGUCUGCGACCAACUUAGUUAAGUUACCUGGGUAUUAUAUCAUGCCGUUGAAUGAGACGAUGCCCGAAACUGUGGCGCGCUAUAUGACGCAUGAGCCGUCCCAAGGUCUGGCCUCGCACUCGUGGCUGCCAGAUGAGGAGCUUGCUGUUUAUGUGGGUGAGUAUGGCCGCACGGGCUUCCAGGGCGGGCUGAAUUGGUAUCGUGUUCGCACCGCUGCUGGGGGGCGGUACACAAAGGAUUUUGAUAUCUAUGCUGGGAAGAAGCUCGAGCCGCCUUGCGCUUUUGUCUCGGGCAAGCUGGACUGGGGUAACUAUCAGGAGCCUGGUGCCAUUGAGAAGAUGAAGAACGGAGUUUCGUGUGCUGACCUGCGUAUCUGUCGGUUUGUGGAUGGGGUUGGACAUUGGACGCCCCAGGAAAGUCCGGAGGAGGUGGCGCGGGCGAUUCUAGACCUGAUCGGAGGUCUGCAUGACUAG